AGAUUUGUCUGUAUAUCAACUAUUCCCACCUCCUCCAUAAACAAAACUCAUGUCAGCCGACAAUGACAUCAGAGUAGCAUGACCCAAAACAUGUGACUUCGCCCUCCCCGACUACUUCCACACAAAUACCUCUGUUCGCAGUAUAUUCUACAAUAAAAAACCCGGAUAUAAAUCACCAACAAACAAGCAGAUAACCUGACCGAGUCCGCGAACCCAGCCGGAACCGCGAGUGGACCAGAAAUCAGGGUUCUUUUGCGGGGUCCGCCACGCAUCCGACGCGUGACCGACCGCCAUCGGCUCCUUCAAAAGGCGCGAACUCGGCGGCCGGUUCCUGGUUUAUUUAAGGAUUCUUAUCGCCUCUUUUGUUCUUGUCUUGCUUCUCUCUUCCUCAUCCUCUUUCUCUUCAUAUCUCUGCUCUCCUCCCUCUCCUCGCCAUGAAAGACCUCAACAAAGACCGCACUGUCCGCAGGAUCUCCCUCGAGGAGUUCCAGCAGCGCUGUGCCUCUACAAACCACAACACCGUCCUCGAGGACGAGUCCUUCUUCAACGCCUCCUCCCUCUUCACCCUCCCCCAGCUCUCCUCCUCUUCCCCCUCCUCCUCCUCCUCCUCCUCUGCACCCGCCUCCUCCCUGCGCCAGCGCAUCGAGCAGCAGAAAAUCCGCGUCGCAAACACCCUCAUCGAGCGCUACGAAAAACUUUUCUUCUCAGACAACGUCGAUCCACGCUCCACCCCCAUCCAGCGCUUCCUCCCCGAGCCCCUCUACGACCCUGCCGCCCACGGCGCCGCCCCGACGCCGACCUUCGACUCCUCGCCGCCAUCGAGCCCGCUAGCCGCGCUAGGCUCCUGGUGCCGCGAGCUGCGGCGGUCGAUGUUCCUCGAGAGCCAGGGCGCGCGCACAAAGGUCUGGGACCACUUCUCGCAGGAGCCCGCCGGCAAAGUCGACCAGAUCCGCGGAACGAUCAGCUCGCUCUACGACCGCCUCAGCGUCGAGAGCGGCGGCGACCGAGUGCUCGACAGCAGAAGCGAUGACUUUGCCAGAGCCGAGUCAAACUCUAAAACCGCCUCCGAACUCCCAACCGGCUCAUCGCCAUCGCCUUCGUCCUCCUCGACUUCUCCAUCGUCCGCCACCACCCCAUCGCCAUCUGCAUCGCCUUCGCUCUUGAACGUACGCUCACAGACCCAGAAACCCACCGCGCACUCAAUGCUGUUGCCGCUCAACUUUGCCGACCGCGCGUACCCGUCGCCCAACGACGCGCAGCUCAAGAACUGCAUGGAUCUUGCUGGAAAAGGCGUCUGGGACAGCUUCGGCGUCUGGCGCUGCCUGCUCCCCAACCACGAUGGCUCGUUCCCGGACUUCAAUGCCCCCGGCCGCACGCGGCUGUUUGAGAAAUACGACGACUACCUACACUGGCGCAUGCUGAAAAACCAGGAUCUGCAAAAGACGGCCGCGGUCGAGUCCGAGCACGUCGACGACGUCUUCGAUCGGAUUCUCGCCGACACCGCGGCGCCAACCCUGGUCGAUCCGACGACGCUCUUUGCGUCGCUGAAACCGUUCAUCUCUGUCGCCACGGCCGAAAGCGAGUUUAACAAGGUUAAUCAUCUGCGAAAAGUCGACAAGCCGGCGCCGGACGCAAAGCUCGUCGGCCAGUCCGAGGCCGUCACGCAGUCUUACGAUCACGCGUCGGGAAAGACGUCGACAGUGCGCACGACUAGGAAAAUAUACUCGGACAACUCUGUUGUCGAGGAAGUCGUUCGCGACGAAAAGUAGUGCAGUUGUUUUUAUAUAUCUCUUUUACUCGGUUUUUUUUCUUUGUAUUCAUAUCAUAUGUAUGAACAUUUUUCUGGUGUUUUUGAGUCUGCUUUAUUUGAGCUUUUGUUCUGGUUUGUUCACAUAUGCUCUCGCAUAACCUUUCAAAAUAAUGUGUGCCAUAGUAUUCCUCAUUAUUAUAUUACACAAUAUACACUCUACUCCUAAAAC